AAGAAGAAGAGGGAGUAACAGGAGACAGAGAAAAGGGGGAGAGAUGUUGAGAUCAGAGUGUGACAGAACAGAUUAUCUUUGGUCUGGUUUCCCGCAGGAAAGCGCUGUGAGUGUAUGUCCGUGUAUGCGCAUGAGUGCCUCUUUCUCCAUGUGAAAGUGUGCUGUAGCAUGUUUCUCACUGUGACUGUGGCGCUGGAGAGCAGGUCCGCUACAAGAUGAAGCUACCCCGUGGUUACCCGCAGGACUUAAUGACACUGGUUAAAGCCAAGUGGGGGGAGAAUCAAGGAGCAGACCAGUGACAUCACGAGGUAGUCGAAGCAUUAAAAGUGAGACCGCAAAGUGGGACAGGAAACAAAUGAGCAGGAGAGAUUUUUGUGAAUUCAAUUAAAGCUCGUACUUAAUAGUGACAAGGAACUGAUUGCUGCCUCUGGCUCCCGAACGCUUCUGCAAGCCAACGAAGCCAGUAAAACAUACACACGCACACGAAACUCAGAAGAAGAGAAACUACAUCGCUGGAACAAGGCAAGCUCUCCUUUAACAGACUGCACCACACCGACCAAUUCCCUCAGCUGUCUUCUCAUUAUUUUAAUUACCUUCCCCUUCUUUCAUUUGUUUUUUUUUGUCCUCUCUGCUUAGCCCUUGGUAUUUUGUAUUCUAUCCUCCUCUCUUCCUCUCUCUUCCCCUCCCUCUUUUUCUCUUGCCUUCGCUCUCGCUGUCUCAUCCUCUCUUGUUCACUGUCACACUAACUGCGGAUGAUGCUGGAGUCACUCAUGUAGAAGCCACCUUGCUUGGAGCACAUUUGCCUAGCUUAAUUUUUUGUUCUUCCCCUGCUGAGUUGGAUGAUUGGAUCACUCUCAGAUCGAGAGUCCAGGAGAGAUGACCAACAAGUAGCUGCUGCUGAGUUAAUCAGAGCUCCACCAGGAGAGGACAACUUCAAAACUCACUGAUUUCCUUGGGGGCGCUUUGGGGGACUACCGUUGCAUAUUUUAUAUUUACAAUUAAGACUGCAUGGACCAUUAGUAGUUGUAAGGUCAAACACAUAUCCAGGUGUGGAUUACAGUAGUGGAUUUAUCCUGGAGCUACAUGUGGGCCCCAGCCCCUGAGGCCUGGCUGGGAAAUGAAGCCUUUCCCGCGGCUGUAGGAGCGCUGUGGGCAGCUAUGGCCCUUGAGGGGCGCUGUCUCCGGCGGGGAUCCCCAGCUAUGAUCAGAAAGGGUCGUCAGCGGCGACCUGCAAAGCCAACUCUAGCUCGGGUCACUUUCACUUUACUUUCAAGGACACGCCUGCAUGGCCUGAGGCAUGUUUGCCUCCCUGGCGGCUCCGUGGGCCGCAGGGCCUUUUGGCUGCUGGCCCUCUGCACCUCCCUGGGGCUGCUUUUAUCCUGGUCCUCCAACCGCCUACUGCACUGGCUCUCCUUCCCCACAUACACACGAAUCCACACAGAGUGGGCCAAAGAACUGGCCUUCCCCACAGUCACCAUCUGCAACAACAACCCCAUCCGCCUCUACAAGCUCACCAAGAGCGACUUGUAUUUCGCCGGCCACUGGCUGGGCCUGCUGCUGGCUAACCGGACAGUGAGGCCCAUGGUUCUGGACUUGCUUCAAGAGGACCGCCGGGCCUGGUUCCGUAAGCUGUCAGACUUCAGGCUCUUCCUGCCACCCAGAAACUUUGAGGGAACCAACCUGGAGUUUAUGGACAGACUGAGCCACCAACUGGAUGACAUGCUCCUCUCGUGCAAAUACAGAGGAGAACCAUGCGGCUCUCACAACUUCUCUUCUGUGUUCACCAGGUAUGGGAAGUGCUACAUGUUCAACGCUGCAGAGGAGGGGAAGACGCUCCGCACCACCAUGAAGGGAGGGACGGGGAACGGCCUGGAGAUCAUGCUGGACAUCCAGCAGGACGAGUACCUACCCGUGUGGGGGGACACAGAGGAUACAGCCUUCGAGGCAGGUGUGCGGGUGCAGAUCCACAGCCAGGCGGAGCCCCCGUUUGUUCACGAGCUGGGCUUUGGCGUGGCCCCCGGCUUCCAGACUUUUGUAGCCACACAGGAGCAGAGGCUGACCUACCUGCCUCCCCCGUGGGGAGAGUGCGAGUCGAAGGCUCUGGAGUCAGGAUUUUUCCAGGUCUACAGUGUAACAGCCUGCAGGAUCGACUGUGAGACGCGCUACAUUGUGGAGAACUGCAACUGCAGGAUGGUGCACAUGCCCGGUGAUGCUUCUUACUGCACGCCUGAGCAGUACAAAGACUGCGCCGAGCCUGCCCUCGCUAAACUGUCAGCCUUGGAGAGCAGUAACUGCAUGUGCAGGACGCCGUGCAACACGACCCGCUACAACAAAGAGCUGUCCAUGGUCAAAAUCCCCAGCAAGACCUCGGCCCGCUACCUGCAGAAGAAGUUCAACAAGUCAGAGAAGUACAUCACAGACAACAUCUUGGUGUUGGACGUGUUCUUUGAGGCUCUGAACUACGAGACCAUCGACCAGAAGAAAGCUUACGAGGUGGCUGGCCUGCUGGGUGACAUUGGAGGCCAGAUGGGUCUGUUCAUCGGAGCCAGCAUCCUCACUAUCCUGGAGCUGUUUGAUUACGCUUAUGAGGUGGUGAAAGACAGACUACUGGAUCUGCUGAGCAGAGAGGAGGAGGAGGAGAGUCAUGGAGAGGAUGUGAGUUCCUGUGACCCCGUGGCCAACCACUCGGAGUCCAUCAGCCACACGGUGUCUGUCCCCCUGCAGACGACGCUGGGCACCCUGGAGGAGAUUGCCUGCUGAGGCCCUCCCCCCGCCCCUGCCCCUCAGAGCCACACACAUCCAGAGGCUGCCUCCACUGGGUGGCGCUACAUCCUCUGUUAGGGCAUCCUGCAGGACUCUAACAGGGGAGGGGAGGAGACGAGGACAAGUACAGGGAUUGGCCUGAGGACAGCGCUGCGCUCUGUCACACCGCCCUGUCUGAGGCACUAAUGGGGAUUAAGGAGCUGUCGGCCGGACUUAUCGGCCCUCUCCGUCACCCUGCACUGUACUGUGGUGGGAGGGUGGCCUCCACUGUGCCAUACCUGCAGCGGGGUCUGUGUCCCCACAUAUACGCACACAGAACAUUAUAGACUGGGUGGGACAGCUCCCCGUGACGGGGGCUCAACCUGUGCAGCAUAACUAUGUAACAAACACACUCAUACGUCGCUCACUGCCAAAUGAACUGUACAGAAUUGGUUUUGAACUGCAUGCGUCGAUCUAUCUUGCUCUCUUUGCUGAUGCAUACGCUGGACUGCAGUGUUGCUUUACUGUACAUGUGUGCCAUUUGUCUCUCUCUAUCUGCAGGAAAGGCCUGUGACAAAGGGCCCAGGUGAGAGAUAUCCAACUCCGAAUGUACAGAUUGAACAUGUGGUUGUUUAAAAUCAUAGUUCAGGUGAGGCCAAUCCUUCCCAAAAUCUAUCCUAACGAGCAAUUUAUUAUUUCUCAGCUAACUGAAGGGGAAGGUGGUUGUGAUGUUUGAGCAUUACUGCGGAAAAAAAAAAAAAACUUUCUUUGUGAAAUCUAAACGUUUUGCAUAUUUUUUCACCUGUCAGUUUCCGUUUAGUCAGUUUACUAAAAGGCAUGUUUGCUACGUGACUCCCGGGGUGUUAAGCUGUUCCCCACAGACAACUCUAAAGGGAUGUCAUACUCUAACUGUUAAUUUAUAUGAAUAAAUGACUGGCUUCUGGCUGCUGCACCCCAACACAGCACCAGGCUAACAGGUAGAAUCUGAAUUUAUUUGCCUGCCAGACUGCAACAACGCUGCAACAAAUGAAUAUCCCGGCAGACUAUUAUUUCAUUAAAGAGAAUGUCUGGGGGACAUUUCAGAAGGCUAUCACCGCUUUAUAAAGGGUGGCAACAUUUUGUCCUUCACACAAAAAUACCCAGGCUUGACAAUUUAGAGAAAUUUCUACGAUUGAGGAUUACAAAAGCACCAUGAGGAGGGUUCAGCCAGGAGUUUUUUUUACGGUCUGCUGUGAUAUGGUGUAAAUAUCUGUGUCUUUUUCUCAUGAAAAACGGGUAACAUGCAGACAUGCCUGAAGCAGAUCUAAUCUAAAAAAACUCCCGGCACAGAUAUCAUUUCUUAUUUGUCACAUUUUUUCAUGGCUCUAUAUAUGUGGGUGAGUAUGUAACAUAAGAGGCGUUUUUGAGGGUAGUUGAAUGUCAUGCUAAAAAAAACGAAGGCACACUUUGCAUCGAGCACCAGGCUUCCUUUAUACAAAAACCUGCAGCGUCCUCAUCAGAAACAUCAGUUACAUAUAUGCGGCUUCACACCAAAAGCUUGUGUGAGAACAUGUGGAAGAUUUCGUGCAUCUGAGUCCAUGAACACCCUAGCUUGGUCUCUGUCAUCAUGGUAAUGUACAUUACAGGUAGGAAUGAAUUCAAGUGCUUUGUGAGACUGUUUGAAUUAUGAUUUCCCAUCUGUGGCUCAACCUGCUGUCUGUGUGUACUAUCUCAUGUCGUGGCUUCAGACCAACACAGUCCUCAGCCGAUCUGCAGGGGGCCGUGAGACACGCGCGCGUCUCGCUUCUCUUGGUGGCAGCGACACCGGCUGAUUCUUCUCUCUACUUUGGCUUCAAUUGUUAUCGCAGGACAGCAUUUUCUCAUUUUGUGAUGCAGCAUACAGUGUGUGUUUUUAAUGUGAAACAAUUAAAUUAAAGAGUUGUUU